AAAAAUGGAAAUGUCGAAAACAAGAACCAAUGUGGCUCUUGUUGUGUUGUUGGUAACUUGUUUGACUGUAGGGGCAACAGUUGCAGCAGACAACAGCACAAGAAGGCACUUGGCCAAAAAAUACAAAGGACCAUGUAUGGCCACUAAUCUUAUUGACAAAUGCUGGAGAUGCGACCCUCAUUGGGCUGAUCAUCGCGAAAAAUAUGCUGAUUGUGCAAUGGGCUUCGGCAGCAAGGCCAUUGGUGGUAAAGGUGGACGUGUUUACGUUGUCACAGAUAAUUCUGACAAGGACGUUGAGAAUCCUACACCUGGUACCCUUAGGCACGCGGUGAUCCAAAAGGAACCCUUGUGGAUCAUAUUCGAAAGACAUAUGCAUAUUAAGCUAAAGAGGGAACUACUGAUGCAAAGCCACAAAACAAUCGAUGGGCGUGGAUUCAACAUUCAUAUCGAAAAAGGAGCUGGACUUAAGAUGCAAAGUGUGAACAACAUUAUAAUCACUAAUCUUCACGUUCACAACAUUGGAAUAACUCCUGGGGGUAUGAUCAGGGAUUCAGUAGACCAUGUUGGCAUAAGAAGUGAGGAUGAAGGUGAUGGCAUCAGUCUCUUCGCGGCAACCGAUGUCUGGAUUGACCACGUAUCCAUGUCACGCGCCACGGAUGGGCUCAUUGAUGCCGUCCAAGGAUCAACCGGUAUCACCAUCUCCAACUGUCAUUUCACCGAUCACGAUAAAGCAAUGUUGUUUGGUGCUAAUGAUAAUCACGUCGAAGACAAGAAAAUGCAAAUUACCUUGGCCUAUAACCAUUUCGGUAAAAGAUUAGAUCAAAGGAUGCCUAGGGUCAGAUUCGGAUUCUUCCAUAUUGUCAACAAUGAUUACACCCAUUGGAUGAGGUACGCUAUUGGUGGAAACAGUGGAGCAACAAUUAUUAGUCAAGGUAAUCGUUUUAUCGCACAAGCGAGUCUUUUGAUUAAAGAAGUGACACAUAGGGAAAAAGCAGAAGAAUCAGAAUGGAAGAAUUGGACUUGGCUAUCCAUAGAUGACGAUAUGCAAAAUGGUGCUUUUUUUAGAACAUCUGGUGAUCAAGAUGCACUAAGAAAAUUAAAGAAUUUAAAUUUGAUACCAGCAGAGCCAUCAUACAAAGUUGGAAUUCUUACAAAGUUUGCAGGAUCACUUUCUUGCACCGCAGGACGUCCGUGCUAGAUCUUCGUA